CUCGAAAACUCCUCAUUUUCUCAAUCAUCCGGCCGAAUCGAAGCACGCCCCAUGAUUGAUUUCGCCUCGGGUUGCAGGCUUUGAUCAUGAGCUCGAACAUCCCGAGGUUCAUUAGAGAUGCGGCUGUGCUCUGUUUGCUGAUGUUUCUCGCUGUGUUUCAGCAGCCUUGCUCAUUAGCGCCCGUCGAUGUCGAUGGCUUGUAUCCCGGUGAGAGGAGUGAUCUGUUGAAGCUCAGGGACUCCUCGAACUCUUCGUCGAAUCUGCACCGGAGGUGGACCGGGCCUCCUUGCAUUGGGGACGAGAGCAGGUGGGUCGGCGUCGGCUGCUCAAACUCGCACGUCGUUCAGCUUGUGCUCGACGGGAUACAACUGAGGGGGUCGCUCCCGGAAAACUUCCUGCAGAGUGUCACUUUCUUGACCAGGCUCAGCCUCCAGAACAACUCCAUCUCCGGGGCCUUGCCGGCCCUGUCGGGGCUCCUGCACUUGGAGGACGUCUCCCUCUCGCAGAACGGGUUCUCGGGCUCGAUCCCUUCCGAGUACGUCAAGCUCCCGAAACUGACCAAAUUGGAGCUGCAGGGGAAUGUCUUAACCGGUGGUGUCCUUCCCUUCAAUCAGCAAACUCUGGUGUUCUUCAACGUCUCGAGUAACCACCUAGCGGGCCCAAUCCCGGACACUCAGGUUCUUCGGUAUUUCCCGAAGAGCUCAUUCGAUCACAACCCGGGUUUAUGCGGGAUUCCAGUGGGGCUCCCGUGCCCUGCCCCCCCUCCGAUCAUCACUCCACCUCCCCCACCUUCACCUUCUACUGUUAGCCCGCCUCAACCUAUUCCUACGCCUAAACGGGAGAGGAGUCAUCGGGUUCGGAAUAUUGUUUUGAUCGCUGCUUCCGCUGCUCUGGUUCCUUUCUUCAUAAUGGCGUUCUUCUUGUGUUACUACAAGAAGGCGGUCCGCAAAAACGAGGAAACUAAGGAGCAGCACGCAGGAGGAUCAGUAGACUUCACGCAGACGAGGACCCUCCAUUCACAUAGCGGGGAUGAUCCGGAAAGGGUAGUGGAACUCGAAUUCUUUGACAAGGAGGCUGUGGUAUUCGACUUGGACGAUCUACUUCGGGCGUCGGCAGAAAUACUGGGCAAGGGGAACCUAGGCACCACGUAUAAGGCAGUCCUCGAGUUGGGAUCGGUCGUCAGCGUGAAGAGAUUGAUGAACAUGAACGGUUUGAGCAAGAAAGAGUUCGUCCAACAGAUGCAGUUGCUCGGGAACCUGAAGCACGAAAACCUUAUGGAGAUCAUCUCGUUUUACUAUUCCAAAGAAGAGAAGCUGGUCAUCUAUGAGUUCGUUCCCGAUGGCAAUUUGUUCGAUCUUUUGCACGGAUUUAGAGGAGGUGGAAGAGUACCUUUAGAUUGGGCCGCCCGAAUUUCUAUCAUCAAAGACAUCGCGAAAGGCCUAAACUUCCUGCACCAGUUUUUAUCUUCUCAAAGGGUCCCGCACGCGAACCUCAAGUCCUCGAACGUUCUAAUACACCGAGACGGCCCAAACUACAGGGCCAAGCUCAUAGACUUCGGGUUCUGGCCACUGCUCCCGAACCGGAAGCUCUCCGAAGUCCUAUCAGUAGGGAAGACACCAGAGUUUUUGCAGCUUAAGAAGAUGACACAUAAAGCCGAUAUCUAUUGCUUCGGCAUCGUAAUACUGGAGAUCGUGACCGGGAAGAUCCCGGGCAAGAUUUCACCAGCGAAUGACGAGACGUUUGAUGAUCUCUCCGAUUGGGUGAGGAUGGUGGUCAACAACGACUGGUCGACCGAAAUAUUGGACACGGAAAUAUCGGGGGACAAGGACGGGCAGGACGAGAUGUUGAAGCUCACGGAGAUAGCCCUCGAGUGCACCGAUGAAAUGGCCGAGAAACGGCCUAAGAUCGGCGAGGUACUGAGGAGAAUAGAAGAGAUUGAACAGCGGAAUGCAAAUGUAAGGAUGGGUAGAGCGAGUUGAAAAUUGUUACUGUAAUUAGAAUUCUUCGCAAUUUUGAGAAGAAAAGAGAUGUGCUAUUGGUAAUUUCUUGAUUCAGAUAAAGGUGACAUAAACAUCAGUAGAUUCCGUGCUAUGAUCGUGCCCAGUGUUCCCGCUUUCUGUAACAGUUAGUACAAUGUUCCGCUUUCCGUAACAAUUAGUAUAUCAAUCGUAAUGGAAAUGAGAAAUCAUACUCAAAAUCUCUUGGUUUCAGUUCGAGAGCAGAUCCACCUCUACACAGUUUUGGCUCUGAGACAGUGUGUCGCACCGUCGCCCAUGGCGAUAGCGGACCCCAUGAGAUCGAACCCGAUCCACCAGCCUACACGUGUCCCUACUAGCUCGAUCAGAGAUAUCGGGCCCAUUGGGCCAAAGAAUGCCCAUUGACCCAUUGACCACAACUGUCGACGAGCCCAACAGGGAAGGGAUGCUUCGGCUUCGACCUAACCGGGCCGAAGGACCUUCUCUGAUCCCAUCUAGCGACUGUUUGUUACUUCAUACUCUCGUCACCUGCAGCAACUCAAUC